UGUAAAGGAAAUUUGCUCCCGAUAUUUUUUCAUAAAAAUUUAUCUGUAACACAAGUAGUUUCAAAAAUAUGCGCAUAGUGACCUAUAGAAUAGCAGUGAUUCGUAUAAUUUCGACGGUUUCUUUCACACUUACUCUUUUCAGUACAUUUAGUAGAUAAAUUUUUCUCUAUUCCUGUCUAAGAGAUAUUUUUCGACAAAUCAAUAAGGGAUAAAAAUAGAGAAUGUGCGUUAAAAUUGAUGAAUCGAGUUUUAAUUUAAGGUAAUGUGUUAUUCAAUGUAAAAUGAUAUUUUAAAUGUAGAGAAUAGUGAAGGAGUGAUCUAAACCCUCUCACCUCGAUCUGCCUUUGCCUUCCCUCCUAGAACUGGUUUUCAAAAUUGCCAAGAUCAUUUCAUCACUAUAACUCAACGAUCCACAGUACUUCAACACCAGUGCAGAAGGAAACAAGACAAUCGGGUGUUUCAUUUAUCUUCAAGCCAUCCAUUUUUAUCAUUCAUUAUCAUUGCAUCUAACGGAAAUGAUUGGACGAUUGGAUUUGAGGCUUAGCCACAGAGGUUUUUCGAAUGUGAUUAAGAGUUUCAGCUCUUCGAAAAUUUUUAACAAGUAUAAGAAUGGAGGAUCAAGGCCUCCCAGGAUUCUUAUCACAGGGGGCCUUGGCCAACUGGGGACUGAAUGCGCUAAACUCUUGCGCAAAAAUUAUGGAGAAGAUAAUGUAAUCCUAUCAGAUAUUAUAAAACCAAGUGACGAAAAUCGAGCGAACGGUCCUUUCAUUUUUGCUGACAUUCUGGAUUUCAAAGGUCUUCAAAAAAUUGUAGUAAAUCAUAGGAUCGAUUGGUUAAUCCACUUUAGUGCUCUCUUGAGUGCCGUUGGCGAGCAAAAUGUACCGCUUGCAAUACGAGUGAAUAUUGAAGGAAUGCACAACGUUAUGGAGUUGGCGAAGCAGUACAAUUUGAGGAUUUUCGUUCCCUCGACGAUUGGAGCAUUUGGACCGGAUUCACCAAGGAAUCCUACCCCGAAUGUGACAAUUCAAAGACCGAGAACUAUUUACGGAGUUAGUAAAGUGCAUGCUGAAUUACUUGGCGAGUAUUAUCAUCACAGAUUUGGAUUGGACUUCCGCUGCUUGAGAUUCCCUGGGGUCAUCAGCAGUGAUCCACCCGGUGGUGGCACUACUGAUUACGCAGUUGCAGUAUUCCACGAGGGCUUGAUGCACAAGACAUAUGAGUGUUACCUGGAGCCACACACAAGGCUGCCAAUGAUGUACAUCAAGGAUUGCCUCAAUGCUCUAUUACAAUAUUUAAAUACUCCCAAUGAAUGUUUGAGAAGGAGAGUCUAUAACGUAACAGCUAUGAGUUUCACUCCUGAAGAACUUUUCUGCGAAAUCCAAAAGCAUAUCUCUGAUAUGAAGAUAUCAUAUAGACCAGAUAGUCGACAGUUGAUUGCCGAAUCAUGGCCCCAAGUAUUCGAUGACUCUGAAGCUCGCGCUGAUUGGGGAUGGGAGCAUAAAUAUGAUCUACCAAAAUUGGUCACUACAAUGGUUCAAGACGUUAGUGAAAAUUUUCUUCCCAAGUUCCAGAGACACACGCAGCCCAAUAGUUAUAUGUGAAUUAAUAUCCUUCUCUCAUCUUCCCAACAACAAAGUUCAGUUGUGAGUGAUUAAAAAAUAAUGGAUAAAAAAUGAAUUAUAUUCUCUUAUAUCCCUGUUAAAAAUCAUAAAUAUGAAAUAUGAAAUUUU